AUGAUUGAAAAUGAUAAUAACAAUCAAUACGUUGAAGACGAGUUGAUGUUUGAGCAGGAUAGUGCACCCCUCAAUAGCAAGUGGCAGGAGCAACAACCUCCUCCUCUCAGGUGGCAGGGGCAACACCCUCCACCACAAAAACUGGGAAAGCCUGGGGGAAGGGACGAUCCACUAAGGCGUGGACUUAGUGGUGCAGGCGUCAGGAAAUACCUACGCUUUCUUCACGAGGGCAUGUCACCCGAAGAAGCGAGGAAAAAAGUCCUAGACGACAAGGAAAAAAGAAAGGAAGAACAACCUCCUCAAACUUCCAAGGCAUCGCCUAAGAAAAACCCCCAAGCAGGGCAAGCCACCAGCUAUGCAAAAGCGGCAAAGCUCAUCAGAAUCGGAGUAUUGCCGGAGGACUACCCUGAGGCAACUCUAACCUCCGAACAACUCACAGAUGUGGAGGAAGCAAUCGUAUCAGAAAUGAUCAACAGCACAACAAAGGGCCUGCAGUUCUCAGGUAUUCAUUUUCGCUCGGGAAUGAUACUUGUGGACUGCGAGUCGGAGCAGACAGCAGAAUGGCUGGCUCAGAUGGCACCUAGGUUGAAGGAAUGGAAAGGGCCAGCGCUGGUAGCGAAAAGAGGAGAGGACAUCCCAAAAGCGCAUACCAUCAGCCUUUUUCUUCCACGGAGCAAAGGGCAAGACACCACAGCUCUCCUGAAACUCAUUGGAGUACAGAAUCCAGAGAUCUCCAUCGAGACCUGGAAAGUAAUAAGCGCCAAAGGAAAUGGCCACGGUCAAGUGCUUUCUGUUGGGAUCGACACCAAAUCUGCGGAUAGCAUCCAGGCAAAGGGAUACACUAUCCACUACAGGUUUGGGCAAAUCCCCGUAUCUGGCCUCAGAAAGCAGGAGAAGGCAAAGGACAAAAAGAAGGAGCUUGAUCCAUCCACUUCAGCCUCUACCUCCUCCGAGCCAGUCGCCAAUGAGAACACCUCUACGGCGACUGAAACACAAGAGACCGAGGGCAUGGACCUCGAUCUCAAUGUCAACCCGACCACUUCCGCUGAGGAGAAUGUCAUCAGCAGCGAAGAAGAAGAUAGGCUUCUGGGACCUAAUGUAGACCAUCAGGGGGACGGACCGGAUGGCCCUGACAAAUCAUAA